AUGGCUUCUCAAAAGCUCUGCUCUUUGGCUAUCAUUCUUGCUUUUGCGGUUUUCUAUGAAGUACAGGCAGCUCCAACUCCAGUUGAUGUAUCAACUCUAUCGAAUUCCACUGAAAUCUCUACUUUAGAAGAACAUGGAGUGAGAGUGAAGAGAAGUGGAUGCGGUUCUCAUAUUUCCAUUCAAUCUUUAGCUGCUGCGGAUGCGGUGGAUGCGGUUGCUGUGGCUGUGGAGGAUGUGGAGGAUGUGGAGGAUGCGGAUGUUGUUGUUGUAAACCAUGCUGUUGCUGUUGCAAGAGAUGCUGUUGCUGUCAACAAUGCUGUUGUCCAUGGUUGUGGAGGUUGUGGAUGUUGUGGAUGUGGUGGUCGUCGUCGUCGUUCCAUUCAAAAGCUUCGAAUUCAACAUAUUGAAAAGCAAAUUGCUGAGAAAAAGGCUCUCUCUCAAUCACUCGAGGAAAUCGGCCAA